AUGUCUCACCAUUUUCUUCAAACGAUCUCUCUUUUCCUUUCUUUCUUUUUCUUCUGUCACUUUUUUCUGUUUUUGUCUCUCUUCUCACUUUCUUUUCUCUUUCUUUCUUCCCCAAAUUUUUCCUCUUUCCCUUUUUCUGUCUUUCUCUCUUUCAUUCUUUCUUUCCAUUUUAACUUUCCUUUCUCUAUUUCUCUCAUUUUCCUAACUAAAUUUAUUUUCUCUCUCUUUCCUUCCGUUUUUAUUUUCCUUUUCUUCUUUUUUUUCUAUUUCACUGUCUUUCUACUUCUUUUCUCUCAUUUCCUGCCAUUUUCUCUCCUCUCUCUCUCUCUCUCUCUCUCUCUCUUUAUCUUUCCCGUCACCUUUCUUCAGCUCUUUUUUUUUUACUUUCCUUCUCUUGCCUUUCUCUUUCUAUCAUUUCUCUUUCCCUCUACCUUUCUUUGUCUCUUUAUUCGUUUCCUCUGUCUUUCCUAUUUUUCUCAUUGUUUCCUUCUCUUUCUCACUUUCUUUCCUUUUUUUUUGCAUUCUCUUUCCUUCUUUCUCCCUUUCUCUUUUCCGCUUACUUUCCGUUUUUUUUAUCUCUCUUUGUCUCCAUCUAUAUUUUCCGCUUUCUCUUUGGUCCCUGUCUUUUCCACACACUUUUUCUUUUUCUCCCUCUAUAUUUGCCCGUGUCUUUUUCUCUCAUUUCCUGCCAUUUUCUGUCUUUUCUCUCUCUCUCUCUCUCUUUGUCCCUCCGUCUUUCUUCUGCUCUUUUUCUUUCAUUCUAUUGCUUUUCUCUUUCUAUCAUUUCUCUUUCCCUCCACCUUUCUUUGUGCUUUUAUUCGUUUCCUCUGUCUUACCUUUCUUUCUCAUCGUUUCAUUCUCUUUCUCCCUUUCUUUCCUUUUUUUCUUCAUCUUUCUCUUUCCAGCAUUUCUUUCCCUUCCUCUAGAUCUCUUUUUCUUUUACUUUCCAAACUUUCUCUUUCCUUCUUUGUCCCUUUCUCUUUACCUCUUAUUUUCCGUUCCUUAUCAUUCUUUCACAUACAAAUAAAUAUCAAUAAACUUACCUCUCACAUUAAUUCUUCCUUCAUUCACUUUGUCUCUGUUUCUCUGUUGCUCAUUCCCGUCUCAAUCUUUUUCUUACUUCAUUCAUCUACGUUACUUUUUCUUUUGUUCUCUUCGUCAGUCAUUCUUUCGUCAUUCCCCUUUGCUUUCAUUUUUCUUUUCAUUUUCUUUUCUUCUUCCUACAUUAUAGACCUCGUCUUUUCUUUCUUCCUCUCUUCUUCCUACAUUAUAGACCUCGCCCUUUCUUUCUUCCUCCCUUCUUCCUACAUUAUAGACCUCUUCUUUUCUUUCUUCCUCUCUUUUUCCUACAUUAUAGACCGCUUCCUUUCUUUCUUCCUCUCUUCUUCCUACAUUAUAGACCUCGUCUUAUCUUUCUUCCUCUCUUCUUCCUACAUUAUAGACCUCGUCUUUUAUUUCUUCCUCUCUUCUUCCUACAUUAUAGACCUCGUCUUAUCUUUCUUUCUCUCUUCUUCCUACAUUAUAGAACUCGUCUUUUCUUUCUUCCUCACUUCUUCCUACAUUAUAGACCACCUUCUUUCUUUCUUCCUCUCUUCUUCCUACAUUAUAGACCACCUUCUUUCUUUCUUCCUCUCUUCUUCCUACAUUAUAGACCUCGUUCUUUCUUUCUUCCUCUCUUCUUCCUACAUUAUAGACCUUGUCUUUUCUUUCUUCCUCUCUUCUUCCUACAUUAUAGACCUCGUCUUAUCUUUCUUCCUCUCUUCUUCCUACAUUAUAGACCUCGUCUUUUGGCUUCUUCCUCUUUCUUCCUACAUUAUAGACAUUACCACCUUUUUUUUCUUCCUCUCUUUCUUCCUACAUUAUAGACCUCAUUCUUUUUUUUUCUUCCUCUUCCUACAUUAUAGACCUUCUUUUCUUCCUUUCUUCCUACAUUAUAGACCUUGUCUUUUCUUUCUUCCUUCUUCCCUACAUUAUAGACCUUUGUCUUUUUAUUUUCUUCUUCUUUCUUCCUACAUUAUAGACCCAUUUCUUAUCAAUUAUAGACUUUUCUUUUUUCUUCCUCACUUCUUCCUACAUUAUAGACCACCUUUCUUUUCUUUCUUUUCUUCCUACAUUAUAGACUUCUUCCUACAUUAUAGACCCACUUUCUUUCCUUUCUUCCUACAUUAUAGACCACACCUCGUUCUUUUUCUUUUCUUCCCUUUCUUCCUACAUUAUAGACCACGUUCUUUUUUUCUUACUCUUUCUUCCCACAUUAUAGACCUCCUCUUUUCUUUUGUUCCUCUCUUCUUCCUACAUUAUAGACCUUUGUCUUUUCCUUCUUUCUUUCUUCCUUAUUGUUCUCUUCUUCCCUACAUUAUAGACCACCUUCUUUCUUUUCUUCCUCUCUUCUUCCUACAUUAUAGACCUUUACCUCGUUCUUUCUUUCUUCCUCUCUUCUUCCCACAUUAUAGACCUACUUCUUUCUUCCUACAUUAUAGACCUGGUUUUAUUUCCUUUAUUUUCCUCAUUAUAGACCUCUUUCUUUCCUUCCCACAUUAUAGAACCUGUCCUUUUCUUUUUUUCUUUCUUCCUCUCUUUUCUUCCUUCCUAAAUUAUAGACCACAUUCUUUCUUUUCUUCCUCUUUCUUUUCUUCCUACAUUAUAGACCUCGUUUUUCUUUUCUUUCUUCUUUCUUUUACUCUUCUUCCCUACAUUAUAGACCUCACCUCGUUCUUUCUUUCUUCCUCUUCUUCCUACAUUAUAGACCUCACCACGUUCUUUCUUUCUUCCUCCUCUUCUUCCUACAUUAUAGACCUCGUCUUUUUUUUUCUUCCUCUCUUCUUCCAACAUUAUAGACCUCGUUUUUUUUUUCUUCCUCUCUUCUUCCUACAUUAUAGACCCUUUCUUAUCUUUUCUUCUUCCUACAUUAUAGACUUUUUCUUCUUCCUCACUUCUUCCCCACAUUAUAGACCUCGUCUUUUUCUUUCUUCCUCUCUUUCUUCCUACAUUAUAGACCUUACCACCUUCUUUCUUUUCUUCCCCAUCUUGUUCUUCCUACAUUAUAGACCUUUGUCUUUCUUUUCUUCUUCCUCUCUUUCUUCCUACAUUAUAGACCCUGUCCUUCUUUUCUUCCUCUCUUCUUCCCUACAUUAUAGACCCCUUUUUUCUUUCUUCCUCUCUUCUUCCUACAUUAUAGACCUCGUUCUUUUUUUCUUCCUCUCUUCUUCCUCUUCCACGUUCUUUUCUUUCUUCCCUUAUAGAACCUCGUCUUUUCUUUCUUCCUCUUAUAGACUUUCUUUUCCCUCUCAUUAUAGACCUCGUCUUUUUUCUUUCUUCCUCUCUUUUUCCUACAUUAUAGACCAUUUCUUUCUUUCUUUCUCUCUUUCUUCCUACAUUAUAGACCACCUUCUUCUUUCUUAUAGACCUCUUUCUUCUUCCCUACAUUAUAGACCUUCACCUCGUUCUUUCUUUCUUCCUCUCUUCUUCCUACAUUAUAGACCUCGUUCUUUCUUUCUUCCUCUCUUCUUCCUACAUUAUAGACCUCGUUCUUUCUUUCUUCCUCUCUUCUUCCUACAUUAUAGACCCUCCUCAUUCUUUCUUCCUUUCUUCUUUCUUUCUUUCUUUCUUUCUUUCUUCCUACAUUAUAGACCUCACCUCGUCUUUUGUUUCUUCCUCUUUCUUCCUACGGCUAUACCUUAUAGAACCUGUCUUUUUCUUUCUUCCUCUUUCUUCCUACAUUAUAGACCACCUUCUUUCUUUCUUUCUCUCUUCUUCCUACAUUAUAGACCACUUUUUCUUUCUCUCUCUUUCUUUCUUCCUCUUCUUCUUCCCUACAUUAUAGACCUUACCUUUUCUUUCUUUCUUCCUCUCUUCUUCCCUCUCUCAUUCCUUUAUAGACCUUCUUUCUUUCUUUUUUCUUUACUUAUAGACUCUUCUUCCUUCUUCCUACAUUAUAGACCUCACCUCAAUUUUUCUUUUCUUCCUCUCUUCUUCCUACAUUAUAGACCACGUUCUUUUCUUUUCUUCCUCUCUUCUUCCUACAUUAUAGACCUCGUUUUCUUUCUUUCUUCCUCUCUUCUUCCUCUCUUCUUCCUACAUUAUAGACCUCGUCUUUCUUUCUUCCUCUCUUCUUCCUACAUUAUAGACCUUGUCACCACCUUCUUUUCUUUCUUCCUCUCUUCUUCCUACAUUAUAGACCUUGUUCUUUCUUUCUUCUUUUCUCUUCUUCCUACAUUAUUAGACCACGUUUCUUUCUUCCUCUCUUCUUCCUCUUAUAGACUUUUUUUUUAUAGACCUCCUCUUUUCUUUCUUCUCUCUUCUUCCUACAUUAUAGACCACGUUCUUUCUUUCUUCCUCUCUUCUUCCCUACAUUAUAGACCACCUUUCUUUCUUUUCUUCCUCUCUUCUUCCUACAUUAUAGACCGUUCUUUCUUUUUUUUUUUCUUCUCUUCUUCCUACAUUAUAGACCACCUUCUUUUCUUUUCUUCCUCUCUCUUCUUCCUACAUUAUAGACCACCUCGUCUUUUCUUUCUUCCUCUCUUCUUCCUACAUUAUAGACCUUCCUUCUUUCUUUCUUCCUCUCUUCUUCCUUCCUACAUUAUAGACCACACCUCGUUCUUUUUCUUUCUUUCUCUCUUCUUCCUACAUUAUAGACCCCCUUUCUUUCUUCCUCUCUUUUCUUCUUUCUUCCUCUCUUCUUCCUACAUUAUAGACCUUCUUUUCUUUCUUUCUUUCUUUCUUUACAUUAUAGACCUCACCUCGUCCUUUCUUUCAUCCUCUUUUCUUCUUUUAUCGACCUCGUUCUUCCUUCUUUUCCUCUCUUCUUUCUUCCUACAUUAUAGACCACACCUCGUCUUAUCUUUCUUCCUCUCUUCUUCCUACAUUAUAGACCCCUUUCUUUCUUUCUUCCUCUCUUCUUCCUACAUUAUAGACCUCGUCUUAUCUUUCUUCCUCUCUUCUUCUUACAUUAUAGACCUCACCUCUUUCUUUCUUUCUUUCUUCCUCUCUUCUUCCUACAUUAUAGAACUCGUCUUAUCUUUCUUCCUCUCUUCUUCCUACAUUAUAGACCUUCUCUUUUUUUUCUUCCUCUCUUCUUCCUACAUUAUAGACAUCGUCUUUUCUUUCUUCCUCUCUUCUUCCUACAUUAUAGAACUCGUCUUAUCUUUCUUCCUCUCUUCUUCCUACAUUAUAGACCUCGUUCUUUCUUUCUUCCUCUCUUCUUCCUACAUUAUAGACCUCGUCUUUUCUUUCUUCCUCUCCUCUUCCUACAUUAUAGACCUCGUCUUUUCUUUCUUCCUCUCUUCUUCCUACAUUAUAGACCUCGUCUUUUCUUUCUUCUUCUCUUCUUCCUACAUUAUAGACCACCUUCUUUCUUUCUUCCUCUCUUCUUCCUACAUUAUAGACCUCGUUCUUUCUUUCUUCCUCUCUUCUUCCUACAUUAUAGACCUCUGUCUUUUCUUUCUUCCUCUCUUCUUCCUACAUUAUAGACCUCGUCUUAUCUUUCUUCCUCUCUUCUUCCUACAUUAUAGACCUCGUCCUUUCUUUCAUCCUCUCUUCUUCCUACAUUAUCGACCUCGUUCUUUCUUUCUUCCUCUCUUCUUCCUACAUUAUAGACCUCACCUCCUUCUUUCUUUCUUCCUCUCUUCUUCCUACAUUAUAGACCUCUUUCUUUCUUUCUUCCUCUCUUCUUUCUACAUUAUAGACCUCCUUCUUUCUUUCUUCCUCUCUUCUUCCUACAUUAUAGACGUCGACUUUUCUUUCUUCUUCCUACAUUAUAGACCUCGUUCUUUCUUUCUUCCUCUCUUCAUCCUACAUUAUAGACCUCGUCUUUUCUUUCUUCCUCUCUUCUUCCUACAUUAUAGACCUCACCUCGUCUUUUCUUUCAUCCUCUCUUCUUCCUACAUUAUCGACCUCGUACUUUCUUUCUUCCUCUCUUCUUCCUACAUUAUAGACCUCGUCUUUUCUUUCUUCCUCUCUUCUUCCUACAUUAUAGACCUUCUCUUUUUUUUCUUCCUCUCUUCUUCCUACAUUAUAGACAUCGUCUUUUCUUUCUUCCUCUCUUCUUCCUACAUUAUAGACCUCGUUCUUUCUUUCUUCCUCUCUUCUUCCUACAUUAUAGACCUCACCUCGUCUUUUUCUUUUCUUCCUCUCCUCUUCCUACAUUAUAGACCUCGUCUUUUCUUUCUUCCUCUCUUCUUCCUACAUUAUAGACCUCGUUCUUUCUUUCUUCCUCUUUUCUUCCUACAUGAUAGACCUCGUCUUUUCUUUCUUCCUCUCUUCUUCCUACAUUAUAGACCUCGACUUUUCUUUCUUCCUCUCUUCUUCCUACAUUAUAGACCUCGACUUUUCUUUCUUCCUCUCUUCUUCCUACAUUAUAGACCUCGUUCUUUCUUUCUUCCACUCUUCUUCCUACAUGAUAGACCUCGUCUUUUCUUUCUUCCUCUCUUCUUCCUACAUUAUAGACCUCGUCUUUUCUUUCUUCCUCUCUUCUUCCUACAUUAUAGACCUCGUUCUUUCUUUCUUCCUCUCUUCUUCCUACAUGAUAGACCUCGUCUUUUCUUUCUUCCUUUCUUCUUCCUACAUUAUAGACCUCGUCUUUUCUUUCUUCCUCUCCUCUUCCUACAUUAUAGACCUCGUCUUUUCUUUCUUCCUCUCUUCUUCCUACAUUAUAGACCUCGUUCUUUCUUUCUUCCUCUCUUCCUCCUACAUUAUAGACCUCGUCCUUUCUUUCUUCCUCUCUUCUUCCUACAUUAUAGAUCUCUUCCUUUCAUUCUUCCUCUCUUCUUCCUACAUUAUAGACCUUGUCUUUCUUUCUUUCUUUCUUUCUUUCUUUCUUUCUCCCUCUCUCUCUUUCUUGCUCAAACCUCAUUUAUCUUAUCAUUCCUUUUGUUCUUUCUUUCCACCUCUUAUAUAUUCCUAAUUCGUUUGGCCCUCCUUUUCUUUUUCCUUCUCUUUCUUGAACUAUUAGUUACCUAUUCUACCGACUGUCCACCUUCUUUCCAUGCUUACAACCUUUGCUCCCCCUUUCCCAUUAUUCACGUUGCACCCGAUUUCCAUCACUCACUUUGCUCUCCUUUUCCCAUCAUUCACUUUGCUCUUAUUUUCCCAUCAGUCACUUUACUCUCCUCCUAUCAUUCACCUUGCUCUCUUUUUCCCAUCAUUCAGCUUGUUCUGCUUUUCCCAUCAUUCACAUUACUCUCCUUUUCCCAUAAUACACCUUGCUCUCUUUUCCCAUCUUACCCUUUACUCUCCUCAUAUCAUUCACAUUGCUCUCUUUUUCCCAUCAUUCACUUUGUUGCUCUCCUUUUCCAUCAUUCACCUUGCUCUCCUUUCCUCAACAUUCACCUUUCUCACUUUGCUCUCCUUUCUAAUCAUUCACCUUUCUCUCCUUUUCCAUUCAUUCACCUUGCUCUCCUUUCCUCAACAUUCACCUUGCUCUCCUUUUCGCAUCAUUCACUUUGUUUUUCUUUUCCAUCAGUCAUCUUACUCUGCUUUCCCCAUCAUUCACAUUGCUCUCCUUUUCCAAUCAUUGACUUUGCUCUCCUUCUGACUUUAUUCACUUUACUCUCGUUUCUCCCAUCAUUCACCGUGUUCUCCGUUUCUAAUCAUUCACCUUGCUCUCCUUUUCCAAUCAUUCACCUUGCUCUCCUUUUCCAAUCAUUCACUUUGCACUCCUUUUCCAAUCAUUCACCUUGCUCUCCUUUUCCAAUCAUUCACCUUGCUCUCCUUUUCCAAUCAUUCACUUUGCACUCCUUUUCCAAUCAUUCACCUUGCUCUCAUUUUCCAAUCAUUCACCUUGCUCUCCUUUUCCAAUCAUUCAGUUUGCACUCCUUUUCCAAUCAUUCAACUUGCUCUCCUUUUCCAAUCAUUCACCUUGCUCUGCUUUUCCAAUCAUUCCCUUUUCACUCCCUCUCCUGCAAGACGUGCGAGAGGAAAAUCUAUCUAUCUAUCUAUCUAUCUAUCUAUCUAUCUAUCUAUCUUUUUUAA